AUGGCCGCCGCGACAACGACAACCCUGGACAAUGAGCGUAGUCCGCUGCUCCCACGCCACGAGGACGACGCACACAGCGAACCGCCGACCGAGGCAGAAGACGACGACGAGCAAACGACUGAGAGCAUGGCUUGGGCACGACGGAAUCAGUGGAUUGUGCUCGCCGUUGCGAGCGGCGCCUGCGCUGCUUUCAACGGCGUGUUUGCAAAGUUGACCACAACUGAGCUCACAACGACAAUAUCCCAAGCAAUCUCCAACUUUCUUCAUCUUCAAGAUAUCGAAGGCGCCUUUGAGGUUGUCAUGCGAGCAGUCUUUUUCGGUCUCAACCUCGUGUUCAACGGCAUCAUGUGGACUCUCUUCACAAAAGCACUGGCCAAGGGCCAGUCGACCACGCAGGUGUCCAUCAUGAACACGUCCUCCAACUUUGUCAUCACCGCCAUGCUUGGCUUCGUCAUCUUCUCCGAAUCGCUGCCGCCGCUCUGGUGGGUCGGCGCCGCCAUGCUCGUCGCCGGCAACGUCAUCAUCGGCCGCAAAGACGAGGAGGCGGACAAGUCUGGCGACUAUGCGCCGGUGCCGCAGCAACCGGGUCUCGCUCCCGUCCCGCUGGACGGCGGUGAUGAGGACAAGGAUUCAGAGGACGAGGAUAUUGUCGAUUUGGGUGACUUGAACUCUGCGGAAUACCGUGCUUGA